CAUGAAGUUUUGCAUUGUGUUGUUCGCUCUAGUUGCUUUGGCUUUAGCCGAAGAAAAAUACACAACGAAAUGGGAUAACAUUGACUUGGACCAGAUAUUGAAAAACGACAGAUUGUUAAACAAAUACAUUGACUGUGUUUUAGACAGAGGUUCUUGCACUCCCGACGGCUCCGAACUCAAAAGAGUUUUACCUGAAGCUCUUGACAACGACUGCGCCAAAUGUAACGAAAAACAAAAGGAAGGUACCAAAAAGGUCAUCCACUAUUUAAUUCAACAUAAACGACAGGCAUGGAAUGAAUUGGAAGCUAAAUUUGACAAAAAUGGCGUCUACAGGAAGAGGCACGAAGCUGAUCUUAAAGCAGCAGGACUGUAGAGUAUUGUAACAUUGUACCGAUUACGGUUUUGUCACACUGAAUAAUAAAGAAUUUGAGCAUUAUAA